AACCAUGCUUGAGUGCAUGACUUUAGAAUAAAAAUUUUGGCUAGUUGGCCAGUCAGCCCAGAAUUUUAGCCCAGAGUGGAAUAUCUUUGAAAUUUGAUACAGACAAUUGUGGUGUAAACCAAAUUUCUACAGUUGGUUCCAUGGUUUCAGUUCACUGUUAAGCUGCAGGGUCCUGUUUUGGUUCAUUCUUGCCACUUACUUAACUGUUGCAGGCAUCUGCUCAACACCAAACAGCAGACAGACACAGUUAAAGAGUCAGCUAGUGGAGCAUUCAGCAGCUAAAAAGUCAGAUACUUCCCUCAGGAGUAGAUAAAGACCACAAUAGAGACCAAAAAACUAAGCUACAAGAGAGUGAAUAUUGGUCUUAAGUUCACCAGGUGGCCAGAACAUGACUCCAAAUCAUAGCUAACGUUAAUCUAUAACUACUGAGCCAAAACAGUAAAGUAACAGUGAUACAGAGAUGACACAGGAGUGAAAGUUACCAGCCAGGGGUACAAAAUGUUUGGCAUUAUCUUCUACCUGCCUGAACAAAUCUAUGAAGUGAAAUAUGGGUGCCAUAUCUCUUGUGUAUGAACAGACAGUAUUAAUCAUUUUAAUCAUGUGAGGAUAAGAUCCAGUGACUGCUCAGAUGGCCUUGACACUUCUAAGCUAAGAUUAUCACUAUACCUGUUGUCAGCAGAUAUCGUCUGCCAGGAAGAUAUUGGGCCAGGCCAAGCUUUCACUGGUAAACAAUGGCUGUUACCACUAACAGUAACACUGUUGUUUGGUUGAAAGUGUAUACUUAUUUCCAAAUUUCCACUGGCUACUCCAAUAGCCUGAUAUUUUAACAUCUCCAAAGGCUUGUGUCCCCCUUUUUAUCAAAUAUAUUUUGCUUUCUCAAUGCCUAAGGUGUAAUUUCACAUCCAUCAUUAGUGUAUUUAACAACAACCCUGUUUAUUAUAGACUUGAGUGAGACUGAAGCAGGCAUGUAAACAGUAAUCAGGUUAGCCAUAAAUAACAUGGCACCUGAAGGUCAGAGCUUCUGGAGAUAACUAAACACUAGGGCUGUGUGAUUCAUCAGACUGACUCAUUCAGGAACUUCCUAUACCUGGAAAGAUUACCUAAAAGAGUACAUCAGCGAGGUAGCAUUCCACCUCCAUAAAAUCUGAUGAGUUAUAAGGGACAGAUUUUAAAAGAACUGAAAAAGCUCUAAGCACCAGUAGCUCUUAAAAAUGUUAGAUCCUACAAUUCACAUAAUGCAGCAUAUAGCAUGUUUUCAUCAGACUCUCUCUGACUGUUAACCUCUGAGAAUAGUUGACUGACAAUUAUAGGUACUGUACAUACAAUAUAAUAGUUACAUUAUUAAUAAAAGGUCUGUUAUACCAUAAAGGUACUUGAAACCUAUUACAGGUGAGUGUGUCUCCACAAAGCAAACAUACAGUACAUGUACUAUUCUUUGUUUAGGACAGGUAGAAGGAGGAUCUGUCUCUGAACUAAUUGAUUUUGACAAGUGUCCAUUUCUAAUCCCUCAUCGUGAUUCAUAACGAUCUGUGUCUCAUCCUCACUGUCAGAGGAGAUUUGCCACAAUAGAGAGCUUAUUAACAAUUCAGCUUGUAUGGACUUUCAUUCCAUUUUAAUCAUUUGGUUUUUUGGUGAUUUGCACAAAUUUAGUUGCAGCAGUUGGCUCUGUAACUGUGGGCACAGGCUCGCUGUUCUGUAAGGACACUGAGGAGAUUUAUAGAUUUUGUAAUGCAGCUUACUGCUUAGAAGGAGUUAACCAAGUCACAUAGUUUUGUGUAAUGUGAGAAAUAAUUUCAGUCUGUAGGGUGCUGGAGAAAUUAUUUCCAAAAUGGGUCAGCGCCUAAGUGAGGAUAGUGACCCAGACAAGGAAAUUGAUGUGGCAGAGCUACAGGAAUGGUACAAAAAAUUUGUGGUGGAAUGCCCAAGUGGAACUCUCUUCAUGCAUGAAUUCAAGAGUUUUUUUGGAGUUACUGAUAACAAAGAGGCCGCGGAUUACAUAGAGAAUAUGUUUCGAGCCUUUGACAAGAAUGGCGACAACACCAUUGAUUUUCUGGAGUACGUGGCAGCCUUGAACUUAGUCCUCAGGGGUAAACUGGAACAUAAGCUUAAAUGGACAUUCAAAAUGUAUGAUAAAGACGGAAGUGGAUGUAUCGAUAAAACAGAGCUUCUUGAAAUUGUGGAGUCUAUUUAUCGACUGAAGAAAGCCUGCCACGGAGAGCUGGAUGAAGAAUGCAAUCUGCUGACCCCAGACCAAGUGGUUGACCGGAUAUUUGAGCUGGUUGACGAGAAUGGAGAUGGGGAGCUCUCGCUGGAUGAGUUCAUCGACGGAGCACGGAGAGACAAGUGGGUGAUGAAAAUGCUGCAGAUGGACGUCAACCCCGGGGACUGGAUCAACGAGCGAAGGCGCAGUGCUGACUUCUGAGGCUGUGACAUGGACUGUCAAUCUGUCACAUACACACAUCCUUCAUGACCAAUCAUGCUCUGAUUUUGUAUCUAUCUAUCUAUCUAUCUAUCUAUCUAUCUAUCUACAUAUAUAUAUAUGUAUAUAUAUAUACACAUAUAUAUGUGUGUGUGUGUGUGUGUAAAAGAAAACAACACUGCAGUCAUCCUGGCAUUGGUCUGAAUGCUGCCAUAUACAAUUUAGAUGUAUCUCUACAACAGUGGUAUGUUUUGCUUAUAAUAGGGUUUGUUCUGUUCAUUCAGUUUUAUUCAGGUUUCACAUUUAGUCAAACUAUAAAGCAACUGUGAACAGUAGUUUUGAACUUAUUUGUUGCUACCUUUGGUGUUGUAGGUGUGUUUAUGUGUCUAUAUUCAGUAGAGGCUGCAGUAAUAAGGCUCAUAUAUUUUCUGUUUUGUGUUUUGUCAUAAAAUGAGCAUAAAAGUCAUUUAAUAAACAUACUUAA